GAAAACCCCACAAACAACAACACCAACACCAUCUGGUUUUUAACUGAGCUUGGAGCAAGAAGAAAACCAUGAUGAGAUCAUCUUCAGUUUCAGUUUGUGGCCUUGUUCUUCUUGUUCUUGUGGUGGUCCUGACUGCUUCAAGCUCAUCAGAAGCAGCCAUAUCAUGCAGUGAUGUGGUGAAGGACCUGAGGCCUUGUGUGAGCUACUUGUCAGGUGGAAGCGGGAAGCCGCCGCCGGCUUGCUGCUCCGGCGCAAAGUCACUUGCUUCUGCCGCAUCAACCACCGCAGAUAGGAAGACUGCUUGUAACUGCAUCAAGUCUUCUGCUAAGAGCCUCACCAUUAAAUCUCAGCUUGCUCAAUCUCUCCCUUCCAACUGUGGCAUCAGCAUUCCCUUCUCUAUUUCCCCCGACACUGACUGCUCCAAGAUUAGUUAAGACUUGGAAGAGAAGGGUGUUUUGCAGGGCAUCAGCAUGAAGAGCAAAGUUUUCUAAUAUUAUUAUGUAUGGGAAUUAUAUGUUUGUAAUAAACAGAAAUCUGCUCUAUGUGGAUUUCUUUUCUGUUUGGAUCUUAUGAUUAUAGGUAUGUUGUUUCCAUUUUACAUAUUAUAUUGAUACCCCAUUACUCUUUAAAUUUCAGAAGUAUUUCUCUGUGUAUUAAGCUUCCCUGCUAUGUAUAAUCCAAAAUAAAUGUUCCAAUUUUAUGAAAUCAGUCCAUUAAUUAAAAAAA